UGCUUCUGCUCUCCUGUAACGGUACAAACGGCAAGGCUAUGGAAGACGACGACUGGUCCGAUGCCGACUCCAUUUGAAUUCCUGGAAAGCCCCUUCUCGUUAUCGAAAACCAAGGCGAAGGAAGAAUGGGAGUGGGAGGGCACUUCUGGGAUUUGCUCAAGCCCUACAGCCGAUCGGAGGGCUUCGAUUUCCUGCGCAACAAACGCGUGGCCGUGGAUCUCUCGAUCUGGAUCGUCCAGCACGAGACCGCCAUCAGAGCCUACGCCCGAAACCCUAAUCUCAGGCUCACAUUUUUCCGCACCGUCAAUCUCUUCUCCAAGUUCGGUGCAUUCCCUGUAUUUGUGGUUGAUGGAAUGGCAUCACCUUUGAAGUCUCAGGCAAGGAUUGCACGGUUCUUUCAGUUAUCAGGAAUUGAUUUGUCCAGUUCAUCAGUGGCAGAGGAGGGUGUUUCAGUUGAAAGGAAUUGGAAAUUUCAAAAAAGUAUUCAAGAGUGUGUGGAGCUGCUUGAACUUCUUGGGAUGCCCAUUCUUAAAGCAAAAGGGGAGGCUGAAGCACUUUGUGGCAAGCUAAACAGUGAAGGCCAUGUAGAUGCUUGCAUUACCGCAGACAGUGAUGCGUUCCUCUUUGGUGCUCAUUGUGUAGUAAAACUCAUUCGCCCCAACUCCAAAGAACCAUUUGAAUGCUACAAUAUGUCAGAUAUUGAAGCUGGUCUUGGGUUGAAGAGAAAGCACUUGAUAGCCAUCGCCCUUUUGGUUGGAAAUGACCAUGAUUUAAAUGGCGUCCAAGGAAUUGGGCUUGAUACAGCCCUCCGUUUUGUGAAAUCCUUCAGGGAAGAUGAGGUUUUGAUUAGGUUAAGUGAAAUUGGCAGAGGAGACAGAUUGCAGUUCCAGGGUGGCAUUAGAUCUGUCAGUGAUUCUUUGUGCAGUUCAGAUGAUAGCUCGCCAAAACCAAAGUCUCGUCAUUGUUCCUUGUGUGGGCAUCCAGGCAGCAAGAAAGCUCAUCUCGAGCUGGCUUGUGAAUAUUGUCAUCCCCUUACGAAUGAGGGUUGUAUGCCAAAACCUGUGGGGUUCAAAUGUGAUUGCACCUCAUGUUAUUUGGAUAGAAGGGACAAGGAACUGAAGAAGAUCAAGAAUUGGCAGUUUAAAGUUUGCCAAAAGAUUGCUAUGGAAGAGAAUUUCCCAAAUGUCGAGAUUGUUGAAUUGUAUUUGAACAACCAACACGACUUCAGUGCUGACGAUGCGGGCCAUUUAGCCUGGGAAAGCCCAGAAACCGAAAUGCUGGUCGAUUACUUAGCUUUCCAUCAGCACUGGGAGCCCUCUUACAUACGGCAAAAAUUGCUUCCAAUGCUGUCCACCAUUUUCCUCAGAGAAAUGGCCUCAAACCCGAAUGGCGACUUGUUGUACGGCCAGUAUGAGUUUCACUCUAUCCAGCGGCUGAAGAUCAGAUAUGGACAUCAAUCUUUCCUAGUUAAGUGGAAGAAAGCUUCACCUGCAGCCAACAAUACGGUUCCAACUGCAAAGUCAGAUGAAGUACAAUCCGAUUCCAGCAAGCUUGAUGAAUCCACCGAUUCAUUAGAUGAAGCCGAUGAACCCCAGAUAUUUCUCGAAAAUGACUCAUGGUUUUUGCUAACUGAUGAAAACAUGGAGCUCGUCGAGGCUGCUUUCCCUGAAACAGUGGAUGCAUUUUUGAAAGAGAAGGAGCUGAAGGAAAUGAAAUCACGAACAAAGAAGUCUGGAGAAACUCCUUCCGAGUUGGCAACCCCGAAAGGCGUGCAGCGCAGUCUUACUGACUUUUAUCGAUCAUCGAAAGCAUUGUGUCAGGUGAAGAUCCCAGAUGGUUUAGCCAAAAACCGGCAUCGGGGUACUACUGAUUCUCCUGAUGGAAAAAGAAAAGGUUCGAGUCCUAAACUUUCCAAAUCUGUGAGGCGUCGUCUUCUCUUUGAGUAAUGCAUUUAUUUAGCAGAGUCUGUCUAGUUUUGAAAAGGGGGAAUUGCAGUUCUUAUAUGUAAAUAUCAGUAUGACCUGACCUGUUAAGAGUAUGUAUUGUUACAGGUUUUGAAACAGAUCUCAUGUAGUUUUUGUUUAGGGUUUUGAAAGUUACCCUAAAAAAUUUUUAGGGUUUUGCA